AUGAAGAAAAGAAGAAAGAGUGAAAAGGAAGAAGAGUUAAAAGAAUCAUUUCAGUAUCAUUUAAUAAAGACAACAGCUUCUCUUCACGAUACCCAUAUAGCAGCAGUAGCAGCAGCAGCAGCAUCAACAGCAGCAGCAGCAGCAUCAACAGCAGCAGCAGCAGCAGCAGUACAGCAGCAGUCGUAA